CCUAUUUUCAAAAUUAGGAGGCGUUAGGUGAUGUAACGGAUGGGGAAGAAAACCGAGCACUGAAAUCGGAAGAGAUAAAACAGUUCAUUCGCCGCCAGCGCAAUGUCUCGAUUCAAGCCCCCCCGUUGAGAUCCCGGGAAUAUUGUCCAAAAGUCCCGUUCGGGUGUCUCGACACGGGACCACCCCGUCUCCCGACCGCUCUCGUCAGAACAGAGAUGGGGCAGCCGGUGAGACCCUCUGGCUGCUGUUCGCGCCAAUCAGCCACAGGAAAGAGCGCGAAGCGAUUCCAGGCGCUGUCCCACGAUGUAUUUCCCCACUCCUGCCCUUAAAGCUGCUUUUUCCCUUCUGACACGCAUCAAAGCAGGGGACGGGUCUUCUCUCCGAUAUGCCCCACCUUCUCAUGGCGGCGGGAACAGACUGGACUCGAUGCAAAGGAAACGCACCCCGAAGACCGGCGCCCCAUUUCCUCCCCGGAACCAAGCCUUCCCGUCCCUUGUUUCCCUGCGUCCCUCUCGCCGGAAGUGCUGCUGUCAGGGCGGAUUAAGGCGGCGGAUGUCGUCCUUCGUCUCUGCGUUUCGUGGGGGUGGGGGAGAGCCUCGUUCUUCGCCCUGACAGAGCGCCGGGAAUCCCACAGUAUGUGGAAGUGCGUCGGGCGCUCGUUGUUCGUCUUCAGCAGAGCUCCGGCAGGGUCCAAUACAACCAGAAUUCUCACUGCUGGCAUGAAGACACUUAUAAUUCCACCAGAUUACAGUGGGAUCACAAUUCCUGAGAAACCCAAGCUGAAAUUUCUCGAAAAAGUUCCAAAUGUGCCGAAAGCCAGGCGCGAGCCCAAGAAUUUACGUGAUAUCUGUGGCCCAUCUUUAGAAGCCACUGAAUUCACUGAAGGACAAUAUGGUAUCAUGGCUCUGGAUGGUGGCUACCUCCGCUGGGAGCACAUGGAAAUGAUGCGCUUGACGAUCAACCGGCACUUGAAUCCCAAGACCAUGUUUGCUGUGUGGAGAAUUCCUGCUCCUUAUAAGCCCGUUACCCGUAAAGGACUAGGGCAUCGCAUGGGUGGUGGUAAAGGUGCAAUAGCCUUCUAUGUGACAGCAGUGAAGAGUGGCCGUCUUCUUGUUGAAGUGGGUGGACACUGCGAAUUUAGUCAGGUGGAAUAUUUUCUAAAUCAGGUCGUCAAGAAGUUGCCUUUUAAAGCCAAAGCAGUCAGCCGGAAAUCCCUACAGGAGAUGCGGGAAAUUAAGGAGGAGAGGAGGCGCAGCAACCAGAAUCCAUGGACUUUUGAACGCAUUAUCAAAGCCAACAUGCUAGGGGUAAGAAAACACUUGAGCCCUUAUGACUUGACACUGAAGGGCUGCUAUUGGGGAAGGUUCUAUCUGCCUGACAGAAUAUGAAUGGAGAAGGAAAAGGUCGUCUGAAGAAUUGCUGCAUAAAAGCAGAAGUCUCAUUCUGCCUUAUGUAGUCUUUGUGGAUAGUGGAUUUUGUACUAUGAUGGUUGUAUGGAGUUGGAAAAUCAAGUUAACAUGGCUGGUGACAGGCAGGUUUAAAUUACAUGGCUGUUGACUAAAUAAACCUGGCCUAUUUAUAGUAACAAUGCCUGUUCUAUGUGUUUAUGAUGUUUAGUCCUUGAUCACCAGAGCUAGAUUUGAUAAGGAUUUCCACAGUAAAGUUUGAAUAGGUUAUGAUCCAUAA